UGACACGUGGCGGCCACCGUUGAACAUGAUCACGUGUGUAAUCUGAUACAACGUUCCAACACUGGAUUGAAAAUAUAAAAACCUGAUAAAACUAACACUGUGAAAGCUCGAUGCCACUACCAACAAGGUAAUAUUGGUGGUAUGUGUUUGUUUAAUCAUGACAUCACCGGAGUCGAGGUGUGUGUUUGGACUGUGUGUGGAUCAGACUCUCACAGCCGGGCUCAGAGAGUGGUCGGGACCCGGACCGCUGGAUCAUCACGAACCUCUCCGGCCCUCAUCUAACGUUAACGUUACUGCUGCUAUAUCCACUGAAGAUGGAAGUUCAAAAGCGACUGUUGGUGAAGUGUCGGACAGGAUGUUCUGCUCGGCUUGUCAGUGUCCUUUUGAGAGUCGAGAAGAGCAAAUGGAGCACUACAAACUUGACUUGCAUCGCUUUAACCUAAGACAACGUCUGGAAGGAAGAUCAGCUGUCACAGUGGAUGAGUUUGAAAAGAAAACUGGCACAGGAGAUAUAUCAAGCAUUUCGGGUUCAGAUUCCGAUAGUGAAGAGGAGGAGCUUCUUGCAAAUGAUGUGACUCCUGAAGAAACAGACAAUACUUUGGACACAAAUCAAUCCCUUUGUCGACUGUCUACUAAAGUCGCUUUUCAAAACAUGCAGGGACAAUACCUGACAAUGUAUCGCUGUGUUUUGCAAAGCAAGAGAGACAGUGACGAAGACUUGGUUUCGUCUUUACUGAAAAUAUCACACAACACUAUUUGGGUUAUUCUGAUGACUGGUGGUGGACACUUCGCUGGAGCAGUUUUUAAAGGAAAAGAGAUUCUGCAGCAUAAGACGUUUCAUCGAUACACGGUGAGAGCAAAACGAGGCACUGCACAGGGACUGCGGGACUCUCAGAAUCGCAGCCACACGCCUAAAUCUGCAGGGGCUGCCCUUAGACGAUACAAUGAGGCUGCAUUGGUGAAGGAUAUUCAUGAUCUUCUGGAAAGCUGGGCUGGGUAUUUAAAGGAGGCAAAUGCCAUCUUUCUACGAGCACCAAGUUAUAACAAAACCAUAUUUGUUGGAGGUCGAGGAGCACCCAUGGACAAAAAAGACCAGAGGGUCCGCGUACUUCCUUUCGCCACCCGCAGAGCCACAUUUAGCGAAGUACGACGAGUCUUUGAUCUGCUGUCGACUCUACAUGUUCAUGAAAAAGAUGCUGACAUCUCCAAUAUUCUCAGUCUAUCGAAGAAAACCUGGAAGAAGAAAACCCCUAAACCUGUUAGUCAGACGAUCCCUGAGCCGAACACAAAUGUGCCUGAAGAAGGUGGAGAGGACACAAGUUCAGAUGAGGAAGACACAAUAGUGUUGGAGACAGUGGAGAUGACGCUGGGAACCCUUGACCUUAGAGAAUAUGAGAUCCAGCCUAAUAAGAAGAAACGAAGGAAGAGGAAAGAGAAACGUGAAGUUUCAAGCAACAGAGAGCUAACUGAAAAAAUUGCAGAUGCUGAAAAUGUAAAAGAAGCUGAAGCUGAAGUUGAAGGUGACUUUAAAGAGACGCAUGGGAGGUCAAAGAGGAAACCCAAAAGCAAAAAACGGCAGCCUGAAGAAGAUGAAGUGGACGACUCGUGGGAAUACAGUUUGAGGGACACUAUCUACACCGCAUGUAAAACAGGGGACGUCCAGACCUUGCGUACGCUCCUUCAACUGCCAGAGGACAAGAAAUCGGAGGAAACGGAGGGAAACGUUCAAGAGAAGUCUACCUCAGACACCUCUAGUGUUUCAUGUCUUCUUAACAAGCCCAUAGACUUGGCAGGUUUCACUUUACUGCACGUGGCAUCAGCAGCCGGACAGAAAUCUGUCAUUAGACUGUUAUUGGAUUCGGGGAGUGAUCCAGCAAACAAGGAUAAGAAAGGACAGACUCCAUAUUGCGUUGCUCCUGAGAAAGAUACCAGAAACACGUUCAGAAAAUACAUGGCUGAACAUCCUCACAAAUAUGACUACACUAAAGCACAGAUUCCUGGACCUCUUACUGAAGAAAUUGAAUCCAAAAAGGCCGAGAAAAAGAAAGCCCAAAAAGUAGCACGGAAACAGAGGGAGAAGGAGCAAAAAGAAGAGAAACUUAAGAAACAACAGGAGGAGGAGGAGAAGAGGAGAUUUACAGCACUCAGUGACCGAGAGAAGCGAGCUCUGGCUGCAGAAAGGAGAUUGGCUGAACAUAUGGCUGCAACUGGAGAAAAUCUCACCAACAUCAGGAGAUGUUUUCAGUGUGGAGAGUCAUUGCUAGGAAAGAUUCCCUUUGAAUAUCUGGAAUAUUCUUUCUGCACACCACGAUGCGUCCAAGCUCACCGCAAAGCCAACGCUGCUGCCCGGCCCUGACCUCCUACAGUAGUCUCAACCUCGCACCAUAUCCCAUCUUACAUGAUCUGCCAACUGAACUUCAUAUGAUAUGCAUUUUAUCAGUCUGACAGGUUGUGAUCAUCACUGUUUAUGACAUUGAUGGCUGCUGGGAAAUGCAGGAUUAAAGAAUGAUGAAAGGAUUACUAAGCUUGAUGAGAGUAAAGUGGAUGAAAGAUGAACUGGAGUAAA